GUAAACACACAACACACCCCACACUCCCACACACCACUAAACACAACACUUACAGACUUACACGUUGUUCAAGUUCCAAGUUUCAAACGUGUUUUGACUUGAAUCGAAGCCGGUGACGACGUCUGAACGAUCAUACCAAAAGUUUGUGCAAGUUCAAUAAGAAAUUCAUUUCAAUUACUUCAAAUGUUGUCAAUAAUUGCUUAACAUCGUAUUCAGAUAACAGUGCAAUAAAUAAUGUAAUAAAUAAGUUUUUUUUCAAGGUUAUAAUACAUUGCAAAGAUGCCCGCCAAAAGUGACACGGAAAUUGUCUUUUUUCUCACUCAUGUUGGGAUUACAAAACUGAAUGAAAAUGCUGUUUCCUUCGAAAAAUCGAAAAAAGUUAUGAAACUCGUUGCAGAAAAAAAGAUUUUUCUGCGUCCCAAAGAUGAGAUUGGAAUUAUGGUCACUGGUCAUAGUGACUAUGACUCUGAGGUGGAUGAAAAAUGCACUAUGCUUUAUCAACCAAGUCAGGUACCGACCUGGGACAUGGUUGAAAAUAUCUUGGAUUUGAAACAGUCGAAAAAUAGUUUUCGCAACUGGCCGAAGGCCCUCAAAGAAGUAUUCGAAGAACUGAAACAACUGUCAAUGGAAUCACGUCUCAUUCUGAUUCUACUGUUUGACUGCGAUGAUCCUUGCCCUGACGCUGACUCCACUGAUUCGGCAGCCCUGAUAAAUGAGAUCAAAGAAAUGGAUAUUCGGCUCCUGUGGAUUGGAAGUAAAUUGCUGAACGAUCUAGAGGUUGAAAAACUGAAUGACAGUGAACGCUUGCUCAAAAAAAUCGUUGAUGAAGUUGAAGGAAAAUACAUGACAAUCGAACAAACUUUGCAAUCUUUGAGGAUAUUUGAAAAUAGCAAAGAUCGGUACAUGGCUUGGAAAUGCCUGUUUGAAAUUGGUGACAUGAAGAUCGCUACUCUAACAUACGUGAAGGCAAAAGAAGAUGACAAUUCACCAACGUUCAGUUCAAUCAAUACUUCGGUUGAAGAUGACGAAGAGAAGUCAAAUGUAGCCAGAGCUGAACGUGAUUUCGUCGACAGACACAGAGAGGCUCAUCCAAUUUCUGAUACAAUUUCUGGGUAUAUGUAUGGAAGGAAAUUCAUUCCGGUGUCAGAAGCCGACGAGGCAGGCUUGCUCGAGAAUACGGAAAAAAAAUCAUUCGAAUUACUUGGAUUUGUGCGAAGAAGUAAAAUAAGACUCGAACAUUUGGUGGGUGAUUCUUCGCGAAUCGUCCUUCCCGACGGACCGGAGGCAGCAAAAUCGCUUUACACCCUGGGUCAGGCGCUGGAGCUACUGGAUCGCGUCGCUAUAGUAAGAAGAGUUUAUAACGCGAAUUCUGACCCGAAAUUGAACGUGUUUGUCCCAUCGUUGGAUCUUACAGAUGAACCAUCGUGCUUCAUUCUCGUCGAAUUGAUAUAUCAGGAAAAUCGUCGUUUCGUUCAACCAGUUUCGCUCACUUCUGCAUUUAAUGUUUUGGAAGAUGAGGAAGUGGACGCUGUUGGAAAUUUGAUUAAUUCGAUGUUGUUGUAUUCAAACGACGGGGAGGAUGACGAACUUUUUGUGGCCGAAGAAGUUCCGUCACCGGGUUUACAGCAUUUAUGGAAUUCAUUGAGCCAUCGCGCUUUGAAUCCUGACGCUCCUCUACCACCAAUGGACGAGGACCUGAAAAAGUCGCUUGAGACUCCUGAUUUCAUCAAAGCUAACUCUGAACCUCAUCUAAAGAAGCUUAGACAGUUGUUCCCAAAGGAAAAGAAAGAGGAUGUUCCUUCAGUGCCAGAGAACACAAACCAGAAAGCGAUUUCGGAACCGAGUGAAGUUAAGAAACUUGAGCCUAAAUAUGAGGAAAAAGUGGACGAACCAAUAUCUCGACCGGAUGAGUCCGCCGUUGAUUUGGACGAGCUUUUCGAUGGCGAAAUGGACAUGUAAAAAGAGUGUUUCAACACCUUCACUGAUACAUUGGCAAAUAAUAUAUUCUCAUUUGUUACCACUCUAGUUUAUUUUUAUACGGUUGAUAGAUUCAAGCUGUGCUGUGAAUUUCGAUAUGAACAUUGUUGUGACGCAGUGUUUAAUUCUUCUAAAAGUCAGUUAAAAGAUGACCAAACUCAAGUCACAUCAAAGUAUUUAUUUUCCUGCUAUUCUGUAUUUUUAUCCUUGUGUACUUUAAGGUUUUAAUUAAAUAAAAAAAAGUAGAUCUUA